CAAUUUUGAAACCUUGAAUGAGCAAUGCAGAAGAAAGAACAACACAAAAACAGAAAAACACUCUUUGCUUCUUCACUGAACUUUCUUACAAGUACUGGGAAUGCUUCCAAAACGAUGUCGUUUCAACCCUUCCUCAACAGCAACAACAAAAACCCUAAUUUCACUUCUCCGCCAUUGAAGACCUGGCUAAAUUCCAAAACCACCGAAUCCUUCAACCCUAUGGUCCUUGCAAUGCAUCUCCACUCUCUCUCUGACCCCAAUUCCAAAACCCUAAUUCCCAAUUUUGACCUAACUCUUCUUCUCUCCGACGAAAUUCUCCUCAAAAUCAUCUCCAAACUUCCAAAUUCACAGCACAAAUCGAACUCCCUCGUUUGCAAACGGUGGUUGAAUCUUCAAGGUAGACUCAUUCGUUCCUUAAAAAUCUUCGAUUUGAACUUCGUUUUAUCAGGUAGGUUAAUCCAUAGAUUCCCAAAUCUCACACACGUUGAUUUGGUUCCUUCAACUUUCGUCGUUUCGCCGCAAAACGGCGUCGUUUUACUGACUCACAGUGUCGUUUCCAUGCGUGUUGACACUUUGUGGUGUUUUGGUGAGGUAGAGAAAAACCUGUUACCGGUUCAAGCAAUUGAUAAGGGACUUAAAGAAGUUGCAAAAGGUUGUCCGAAUUUACGGAAGUUGGAGGUAACUGGUGGGAGUGAAGAGGGUUUGAUAACAAUUGGUGAAGAGUGUGUUACAUUGAUGGAAUUGGAGAUUCAGAAAUGUAAUGACGAUAUAUUGCGCGGCGUCGCGGCGUGUAAGAAUUUGCAAGUUGUGAAGUUAAUUGGGUGUGUUGAUGGGUUUUAUGAAUCGGUUGUUUCGGAUAUUGGGUUGACGAUUUUAGCUCAAGGGUGUAAGAGGUUAGUGAAAUUGGAGCUUGUUGGUUGCGAGGGGAGUUUCGACGGGAUUAAAGCGAUCGGGACGUGUUGUUUGAUGUUGGAAGAAUUGGUUUUUGUUGAUCAUAGGAUGGAUGAUGGGUGGUUAGCUGGUGUUUCUUAUUGUGAGAAUUUGAAGACUUUAAGGUUUGUGUCUUGUAAGGUGAUUGAUGGUAAUCCUGGAUUGGAGGAACAUUUGGGGUUUUGUAUUGCACUUGAAAGGUUGCAUUUUCAGAAAUGUCAGUUAAGGGAUAAGAAUGCAAUGGGAGCUGCUUUUUCGGUUUGUAGGGCUGCUAGGGAUGUUGUUCUUCAGGAUUGUUGGGGGUUGGAUGACAGCAUUUUCAGCUUGGCUGUUGUGUGCAGGCGGGUAAAAUUGUUCGACUUAGAAGGAUGCUCAUUGCUUACAACCGAAGGUUUAGAAUCUGUAAUCGAAUCCUGGAAGGAACUUGAGUGUCUUAGAGUUGUCUCUUGUAAAAAUAUAAAGGAUAGUGAUAUCUCUUCUGCGCUCGCAACGUUAUUUACCACUCUCAAAGAAUUGAAAUGGAGGCCAGAUACAAAACAUCUUCUGCCAUCAAGUCUUGCGGAGGUAAACAUGGGGAAAAAAGGCGGUAAGUUUUUCAAGUAGACAUGAUGCUUGAACUUGCUAUAUACUGUCAGAAUCUAGAAACAGAUACUCACUUAACACAGUGAAACUUGUACCAUUAUGUAAUCAUCAUGUAGUUAUAAUUUAGAUGGUUAAUUAGAUAUUGACAGUGGAAGAUUAUUGAAAAUGAAUUUGAAGCAAUCAGCAGUCACCAUUGAUGAAGAUCAAACGGUUCAAAUUCAGAGUGUCAUAAUUUGACUAAAGAUACAAUGCGAGUCAUCCGAUCCGAUUUCUCUCUGACUGACUACAAAGGCUGCGAGAAUUGUUGACUACAGUAAAUCCAGCGAGAUUAUAUGUAUCCUUUGCGUAGAGAUGUAAUCCCUCGAGAUUAUUAUAUUCACCUAGAGAUGUAAUUAUUUUUAGCUUAAUCCAGUUCACCUCAUGUUGAAAAUGGAUAACUUUUAGUCCCAACAUUUUUUUUUUGGUUCUUUGAUGUCUACCAUUGAAAUAAGGGACUAAAUAAGAGAUGUAAUUUAUGUGUAAGCAUAACCCAUUUCAGUAGGGUACCUUUGUUAUACAACACUUUCUUGUUGCUACUGCAGCAGUGGUUUUUACGUUUUUUUUCUCUUA